CUUUAACGUGCCACCGGACUCCUUGUUUUUUUAUUUUUUGCUUUGUAUUUGUGAGCUAGAAUUUAUUCUGCCAGGACCUCGGCAGUGGGGCGGAGCAAGCGGUCGGGAAGCGGCGAGGGGGCUCUGAGGUGUGAUUGGCAUGUGCUGAAGCCCUUUGGCCUGUGAGUUGGUUAUAUGGGAGCUGUUUCAAAUGGCAUCAGAAGGACAAGGUCAGGAAAGAGAGGAUCCAUCUGAGGAUCUUACAACCCCUUUCCGGGGCAACAGAACCUUACACUGGGGAGCCAUCCUCUCUGCAGUGAAAGACCAAAUCCCAUCUCUGGACUCUGACACCUCCGCGUCCGAUUGUGAUGAAGAUGGGGAGCUGUUCAUCUUCCAGCGAGAUCUACCCAAUCUGAUUCCUGACUUGUCGGAAGAACUGACAGAUCUUUCUCCAGGAGACCCAGACAUGCAGCAAAUAUUAGAAUCUGUGGGACACUCCAGAGAGACCUGCAAUGGAGAGCUAGAAAGUUCAAAUCUUCAGAAAGAAAUGGAUGUUACCCAAGCUGUGGGAAGAGAAAAUGUACCAUUGGAUAUCGAGAAGUGGGAUCUAGACAAGAUUCUUGAGGACCUGGAGGAGCAGAAAGACAGUAGAACUCACUCAGAGGAGCCUGCUCUUCCUUCAAAGGAUCAUAAGGCCUUGAUUGCUAGAUCCCAAAGUAGACUCAUGGAAAAGCUAGAAGAGUUGUGUGCCAAGCAGUCCAAGGCAUUGUCUCCACGCCACAGGAAGCCAUUGGCCACACUUGCUCACUUUCAAGAACACCAAGGAGAUCAGAACGAAAUCGUCUUCCCGCCACCUCCCCAGAGCUGUCGAAGUAUGGACAUGCCAGAACUGCAGUGUACAGCAGAGCCCCCAACAGUGUACAUUGAUUUACGGGACGCUAAACCACACAAAUCAGCAUUACCGUCGGUUGAAAAUCAAAGCUUGAAUGACAGCUCCACUGAAGACGAGGAGGAUACAACAGUUAAGGAUCAACAGAAAACAAAGGCGAGAAUGCAAGAUUCUUCCCAAGGACCACGGGAUUGCACCGGGAAAAGCCUGCUGUUGCAGCAACUCCGUAACUUCCGUAAAGAAGCAUCUCAGCCUCUUGCUAAUGAGGCCUCUAAGCAGGUGCUAAGAGAUGAAGGAGGGAGCCAGGAUCUUGAGAGCCCAGAAGAGAUGGGCACCCUGAAAAUCAGGAGAAAACGCUAUCUAAGAGUGAGAGGGGAAGCAAACAAGGUGACUUCCAGGUGUCUGGUGCACUCAGACUCUCAGAGGGUCAGUCCUGCCUUGCCAAACCAUGUGAAACAUGGAGCUGAUCCUUCAAGGGAAAACCAGAAAGAGACUGAAGACACACUACAUUCAGGAAGUGCUCCAGAACCCCCUCUAAAUAAAGCAGCAGAAUCCCCAAGGGCAGAAGAGAGCCUGAGAGAGCUGUCCCUAAAGGAAAAGCAGAUGAAAGAGAAGCACAGGAGGCAGAGACUCCAGGAGCAGCUGGAGCGAUUGCAGCCUCACCACUCGGUUACUGGAAAGCAGCCCAUGGCAGAGAAAACUCCUGUUUUGUUUCACCCGGAAGUGUCUUAUUUGCCAGCAAUUAACACAUUGCCUAGUGCAGACAGCGUUAACGGUGAGAAGCUUCUCAUGACGAUUUGGCUUGCCAGUUGUGGACAGGUAGCCACAUGUGGUCAGCACAGUGGACGCUUCCCAGACACUGUCUUGACAGCAGCCAGCAUCUACCAGGCUCUUGUUACCUGGCUUCUCUCCCUGGUACCUCCCUCGAAAGUGAAAGGUGGGCUCAAAGCCCCAUUUCAGGUGUUGGGUCUGCAGCAGGUCUGGCGAGAGGAUGGGCUGGCACUCUACGCUUGCCUAAUUCCAGCAGACGAAUCUCCGGCACAGAACAGCACCAAGAUCCGGAAGCAUAAAGCUAAGGAAGCUCUUCGAGGAACAUCCAUUUUUUACCAGCAGAUCUCUACGUACCUCUCCCAUACAUGGCUUCCAAAUGUUAUCUGGUGGAACAAAGAACUGACCAGUCGCCUCCAGAACCAGCUAUACCCACUCCUUCUGGAGAUUCCCGCUGUACGGCUCAACUGCAUCACCGCUAUUAACCCUGACCCUAAGGCAGUGGAGAAAGCAUUUGCAAUGCCAGCUGGGUUCUACUGGCAGACAGUAGAGACUGAUGAAAAAUACUUUCCUAACAGUAGUGACAUUGGGGCCAGUGCAGAUAUAGACACGGAGGUUGCUGUGGUGUUGCUGUUUGAAACCCUACUCCGAACUCCUUUGGCUGUCCAUCACAUGUUACAGCUGAUCCUCAGCUCUGGUUUGGAUAUCUGUGGGCUCCGCCUGCUCUAUCCGCAGCAGAGCGUGCUGCUCGCUAGCACAGACAAGCUGCCUUCUACUUACGCUCCAGAGGCUGGCAAGGCACCACUUGUGCUGGCUUUAGGCUUGAGAGGGCCAAAAGCACGUAGCGCCUUGCAAGAUAUCAUAGGGCCCUCGGAUCCACAGCUGGCCAACAUGACAGACUGCGGCUCCAUCAAUGCCAUCUACUGCAGGAGCCAAGCUGAGCCCCUCGCCUACUUGCCCCACACAGACAGCCGGGUGCACAGGGAGCUGUGCCUCUUGUUCGGAGGGAGAGCAUGCUGUGACGAGGUGCUUCAUGUUGGUGUCCAGAAUCCUGCCUGCAAAUAUAACAAAUCAAGACCUCAGAGUCCUUCAUCUAAUAGAGCAAAUGCUGACCAAGAGAGGGCUGAUCUCCAGGACAUGGCACUGUCCAGACCUCCUGCAACACUGGUCUCUACCACCAAAGGGGACGUCAUUUUGGUCGUGUCACCUGCUGUGCCUCCUCAUGCAUACGGGGAUGUGAUUUCAACUUGUACUCAGAGAGGCUUUACUCUGCAGGGAAUCAGGCAGCUGCGACUUUCUCCCAAGCGAGCCAUCAUGCUCAGCAUGACAACAAGUCAGAUGGCUGUAUUUUGCCCUAACAAGACUUCAAGUCCCCCUGAUAGGAGAUCCUCAAGAGAAGAACUUCCUGCUGAACCACGCUUGCACUGUCUGAUUUUACUGCUGAGAAAGGAGAAUGUUGGCCAUCAUGUUCCUGCAUUCGUGAAAGGGCUGAUGAAUGAACUGGCAGAACAAGGCCUCCUUGGGGAGGUACGAAGCAACUUGCCUCCCAGUGCUGAACUGGAACCUGCAUUGUGUAUUCAUGUGGCUCCCUAUACUGACAGCUUGUUGCAGACACUGGGAGGCAAUCUCAGUGCAGUGCCAGACUCAUGUAAUGUUCCUCUGGAUCUUUUAUGCCACCGAACCUACGCCUUGGAUCCUGAAAUGGAACAAGUUGUCAUCCUGACACUGAUUGGGAAUGAAGCCAUGAAGAGUGCUGGCCAUCUUCUUUGCCAAAUCCUUCACCCUGGCUUCCAGAAGCAAGCUCAAAACCCAGAAGGACUUGACCCAGGGUUUGAGCUUCUGAGCCUCAAGUGGUUGCCCCAUCUCACUCGGAGUCAGGCCAAAGAGGUAACCCCUUUUGAGGUGGGAGAUACCUCCUGGCAAAGAAGCAUCAAUAUGCUGAUGUCCAGCCCAGCUCUCAUCUGUGCACUGCGGAGGGUCAAUGCCUUUGGGGUUCUUGCUGAGACCCUGAAGAAGCUGACGCUGCUGGGAGACAAGCCAGGCAUUAACACCAGUGACCUUCAGAGAGUGAUGGCCUUGACCCCAGAGAUGGCCUUCAGGCAGGCAGUCCUCUUCUUCACCGAGAAAGAGUUCAUACCUGAUUGCAAACGUCGCCCUGCUAUGAAGUACCUGCCACCAUAUAGCAAAGGUUCCAGGGCUGAAGGGGGAGAGACUCGGAGAGGCCACGCAGAGUCAUUGUUCACCUACAUGCAAGCAGGAGCCCAGCUUCUUUGUACUGUGUUGCUGAUCAAACCUGGUGUCUGGGCUCGUAGCCUUGCUAGAAUCCUCCGAAAACUAGACCUAGAAAAAUUCAGCCUUGUUGGGAUGAAACACAUAAGCCUGAAACCAGACAUUGUCUUAGGACUCCUCUCAUCUGAAGCUAAACAGGAGCCUGCAAUUUUAGAAGCUCACUGCAGCUACCUCACCUCUGGUUCCUCCCUUGUGUUGUGCCUGCACAGAGAGAAUGCUGUAAAGAAGCUGGUAGAUUUAUUGGGGCCAGAGGACCCUACACUGGCUCAAACACUAGACCCAUGCCUUUGGAGGGCUCAGUAUGGUGUCAGCUCAAUACAAAAUGGAUUUUACGGUUUAUGGAUAAACCAAGAGAAAUCCAUCUCCAUGUUCACUCAGAUGAUCCCAUCCAUGGGAGUAAUUGAAGAUUAG